AUGGCAGGGGUUUCGCUCCAGUGCGGCGAUUGCGGCGCUCUCUUGAAAUCGGUCGAAGAAGCUCAAGAACACGCUGAGCUCACUUCACACUCCAAUUUCUCCGAAUCCACCGAACCCGUUCUAAAUCUCGUCUGCACAACUUGCUCCAAACCCUGCCGAUCCAAAACCGAGAGUGAUUUACACACCAAGAGAACCGGACACACUGGCUUUGUUGAUAAGACUGCCGAAGCUGCAAAACCAAUAAGUUUAGAGGUUCCUAAGGGGGAUGCAGAAUCACAAGAGGGUGGAACCAGUGAUCAAAAUGAAGAAAUGGUUGUUCCAGAAGUCGAUAAAACUCUGCUUGAGGAACUUGAAUCAAUGGGCUUUUCAACGGCUCGUGCAACAAGGGCACUUCAUUUCUCUGGUAAUGCUAGUCUCGAGGCUGCUGUAACUUGGAUAGAAAACCAUGAGAAUACACCUGACAUAGAUGAGAUGCCCUUGGUACCUGCUGUCAGUAAAACUAAGGCUACUAAACCCUCUCUUACCCCAGAAGAAACGAAUGCCAUACUAAAGGAACUAAGGGAGAAGGCUCGUAAGAAGAAAGAAGAAGAAGAGAAGAGAAAUGAGAGAGAAAGAGAAAAGGAAAGAAUUCGAAUUGGCAAGGAGUUGCUUGAAGCAAAGAGGAUUGAAGAAGAUAAUGAGAGAAAACGGUUGUUAGCUUUGAGAAAAGCAGAGAAAGAGGAAGAGAGAAGGGCUAGAGAAAAAAUCAGGCAAAAGUUGGAAGAAGACAAGGCAGAAAGAAGGCGAAAACUUGGAUUGCCUCCAGAGGAGCCUUCAACAGCCAAACCUUCAACUGUUGUAGAGGAGAAAAAGAGUUUCCUGCCAAUUAGGCCUGCUACAAAAACUGAGCAGAUGAGAGAGUGCCUGCGUUCUCUCAAGCAGAACCACAAGGAGGAUGAUGCCAGAGUGAAGAGAGCAUUCCAAACUCUUCUAACUUAUGUGGGGAAUGUUGCCAGAAAUCCUGAUGAAGAAAAAUUCAGGAAGAUUCGUCUUAGUAAUGCAGCUUUUCAGGAAAGAGUUGGUGCUUUGAAAGGAGGCAUUGAAUUCCUUGAAAUUUGCGGGUUUGAGAAGAUCGAUGGUGGUGAAGUUUUGUUUUUGCCUAGGGACAAGGUUGAGAUUCCAGUCCUGAAUUCAGCGGGGUCUGAACUAGACUCUGCAAUAAAGAAUCCCUUUUUUGGAGUUCUUUAG